UCCUUUGUCGAUAACAAUGAAUCCAAAUCCGCCAACUUGAAAAUGGACAACAGUUCUAGCUUGGAAACUGUUGUCGUCAUAAAUUGCAUCCUCAAUGCUCCACUAAUGCUGGCAUCCAUCACUGGUAAUGCUUUGGUGUUAGCCGCCAUCUUGAGAACUCCUUCGCUUCGUUCAGUACCGUCUACUAUCUUCCUAUGCAGUCUCGCUAUUACAGAUUUUCUUGUUGGGCUUGUUGUCCAACCUGUUUACAUUGCCAUGAAACUUCACUAUUUAACUGGUGAGUUUAUUUUCAAAGCCAUAGUCUCGAUGUCUACUUGUCUCUGUGGUGUUUCCCUCGCAACAAUGACAGCUAUAAGCGUAAAUCGACUUUUAGCUCUUCACUGUCACAUGACGUAUCCGAAUUUAAUGACAACAAAGCGAGCAUUAUAUGCCUCAGCAAGUCUCUGGUUUGCUUCCAUACUUUUACCAUGCCUUACAGUUUGGAAAUGGAGAGUUUUUAAUCUUAUUGCAGGAGUGUAUAUUACAAUUUGUUUUGUCCUUUCGUCCGCUUCUUACAUCAAAAUUUAUUUCAUUGUUCGUCACCAUCAGAUCCAGAUUCACGCUCAUCAACAAGCUGUGAACAGUUUUAAUAUUAGUGUAAAUAUUCCAGAUAGUAAUAACAUGAUAAUAUCAAAGAAACGUGCUUUAAAGACUUUUAUAUAUUUCAUCUGUAUGAUAUUUUGUUACUUACCUUAUCUAUCUUAUUCAUUGCUACGAGCCACCUCAGUUAUAGGCUAUGAGGAAAAUUGGUCCUUUGCAGAGACUGUUGUGUUCGUGAACUCGUCCGUAAAUCCAUUUUUGUACUGUUGGUGUAAUCGUGAAAUCCGAACGUCAGCUGUAAAGGUACUCCGGAAAAUGAUGUGUAAACAAACGGAAGUAGCUGGUAGCGAGCUUGAAGGUUAA